UUGAACUACAUUACCCAUAAUCCCUCUGUUCCCUUUGGCGAGUGCGCUGCGUCUCCGCUCUCGGGAGCGCGCACGUCGGAAUGCUGCUCUGAUUCCAGCGCGAUGGAAAAAAAGUUGGUGAAAGUUUGUCGCUGAUGGAGCGGACUGUGAGGCGCUAAUAUCUGCACGAUUAUACACGAUAUUACACACGAAAAGGAGAUUUAUUUCACACGGACUCGACACGAACUCUGUUUUCUUCCAUAGACGUACGGAAUUUGAACUUUUAAUGCUUGAUUUUGUGAAUUGGACGGUGAAAAUGUCGCAGUCUGUUUGCGCUGUGAAACUCGCGCUGCUUUUAUUUCUCUGUUCGGAGAUGAAAGUGAUUCACGGAGACUCGGAUCUUUCGGAACCAGAACCCUGUCCGUCUGUGUGCUCGUGUGUUGGAUCUUUAGCGGACUGUAGUCGAUUAAAACACGGCAGGAGUUUGGAGCGGCUCCCCGCGUGGAUCACCCAUCUGGAUCUGAGUCAUAACAAGUUACGCACAUUUCCUGAAGCGCUGACCGCCAGUCUGCCGUACCUCAGUGAAGUAAAACUGAAUAACAAUGAGUUUGAGGUGAUACCAUAUUUGGGGCCAAAUGCAGGAAACCUGAGCAGUCUCAUUCUAGCAAACAACAAAAUCUCGAGGAUAUCAUCAGAGCGGCUUAGUUCGUUGGUUGCCUUGGAAACGCUGGACCUUAGCAACAAUAAUAUUAUGGAAGUGCGCGCCGGGGCUUUUCCUCCUCUACCUCUGAAAAACCUAUUCAUGAAUAAUAACCGUAUUUCCACGCUGGAGCACGGCUGCUUCAGUAAUCUGUCCAGCUCAUUACUGGUGUUGAAACUCAACAAAAACCGUCUGAACUCCAUCCCCGCCAAAAUCUUCCAGCUCCCUCACCUGCAGCACCUGGAGUUGAGCAGGAACCGUGUGAGGCGUAUCGAGGGUUUGACGUUUCACGGGCUGCACGGCCUCCGCUCUCUGAAGAUCCAGAGGAACGGCAUCACGCGACUGAUGGACGGAGCGUUCUGGGGUCUCAGUAACAUGGAGCUCCUGCAGUUGGAGUAUAAUAACCUGACGGAGGUGAGUAAGGGAUGGCUGUACGGUCUCCUCACGCUGCAACAGCUGCAUCUGUCACACAACACCAUUAGUCGCAUUAAACCCGAUGCAUGGGAGUUCUGCCAAAAGCUCGCUGAGCUUGAUGUGAGCUGGAAUCGUUUGACUCGUCUGGACGAGGGCAGUUUCGUUGGACUCAGUGUUCUCGAGCAGCUUCAUAUCGGAAACAACCACAUCAGUUUCAUCGCUGACGGAGCGUUCAGAGGCCUGAGCAACCUACAGACACUAGAUCUGAAGUAUAAUGAAAUCUCGUGGACGAUUGAGGACAUGAACGGCCCUUUCUCUGCUCUCGACAACCUGAGGAAACUGUUCCUGCAAGGCAAUCGGAUUCGAUCGGUCACCAGGAAGUCCUUCACAGGUCUGGAGAUGUUGGAGCAGCUGGAUUUGAGUAACAACGCCAUCAUGUCAGUACAGGCCAACGCUUUCUCACAGAUGAAGAAACUCUUGGAGCUGCACCUGAACACGUCCAGUCUGCUGUGUGACUGCCAGCUCAAGUGGUUUUCUCCGUGGGUGGCAGAACAUGAGUUUAUUCCUCUGGUGAAUGCCAGCUGCGCUCAUCCACAUCUGCUGAAGGGCAAAAGCGUUUUUACCGUCGCUCAGGACGAGUUUGUGUGCGAUGAUUUCCCUAAACCUCAGAUCACCGUUCAGCCCGAGACACAAUCCGCAAUCAAAGGCACAAACGUGACGUUUGUUUGUUCGGCUGCAAGCUCUAGCGACUCUCCGAUGACCUUCGCCUGGAAGAAAGACAACGAGGUGUUGAAUGAUGCAGAGAUUCACAAUCAGGCUCACCUGAGGUCACAGGCAGGAGAGGUCAGCGAGGUCACGGAAUACACCACCACACUGCAGCUCCGUAACGUAGAGUUCACUAGUGAGGGCAAAUAUCAGUGCGUCAUCUCCAAUCACUUCGGAUCAUCGUACUCCACCAAAGCCAAACUCACCGUCAAUAUGCUGCCGUACUUUACAAAAAUGCCGAUGGAUCUGACAAUCCGCGCGGGAGCUACGGCGCGACUGGAGUGUGCCGCGAGUGGACAUCCAUCGCCUCAGAUCGCUUGGCAGAAAGACGGCGGAACAGAUUUCCCAGCGGCUCGUGAGCGACGGAUGCAUGUCAUGCCAAAAGACGACGUGUUUUUCAUUGUAGACGUUAAAACGGAGGACAUUGGCGUAUACAGCUGUACAGCUCAAAACACAGCCGGGGCGAUAUCUGCUAAUGCUACGCUAACUGUGUUAGAAACUCCGUCUUUCUUGCGUCCGCUGAUGGAUCGUACAGUAGUCAAAGGUGAGACGGCAGUGUUGCAGUGUAUCGCGGGUGGCAGUCCUCCUCCGCGACUCAACUGGACUAAAGAUGCUAACCCGCUCGUCGUCACGGAGCGACACUUCUUCGCUGCAGGAAACCAGCUGCUCAUCAUCGUAGACGCCACAGAGGGAGAUGCCGGGACGUACACUUGCGAGAUGUCCAACCCACUGGGCACAGAACGUGGGAACGUCCGUCUGGCCAUCCUGCCCAAUCCCAACUGUGACUCAGGUCCGGCUGGGGGCGGAGCUCUGGGGUCACGCUCGGGCGAAGACGAUGACUGGACAACAGUGGGCAUCGUGAUCAUUGCUGUGGUGUGUUGUGUGGUGGGCACGUCUCUCGUGUGGGUCGUCAUCAUAUAUCACACACGCAGACGCAACGAAGACUGCAGCGUCACCAACACAGAUGAGACGAAUCUUCCAGCGGACAUCCCGAGCUACCUCUCGUCUCAGGGCACUCUAGCCGAGCGUCAGGAUGUUUAUAUUCCGUCAGAGAACGGCAGCAGUCAUCAGUAUAUCAGCUCAUCCAUGGGAGGAUUUUACAUGCCUCCUAAAGACAGUCUUUGUCAUCUGGAAACAGGAAGUGAGGUGGACAUGGAGGCAGCGAUUGACCCUCUGUUGUGUCAUUAUCAAGGGCCGGUGGGAUCUCUGCUGAGACGAGGAAACCGCUACAGUCCAGAUUUUACGGAUACAUACACAGGCUGUCCGUCAGAGCAGCGCUUCGUGUGCAGAGACUCAUACAGCACUUCCUCCAGGACGAGAGAUCUGUACGCCUGCACCAGCGAGCCGUUUGAUCACAUGAUGCAGCUGCCCGCCGCUGGACUUCACCUGCAGACAGACACUUCCUGUCCUGAGGACUGUGAGCGGGGAGAGUGUGUGCUGUCCAGAGGCUCCUCUGGCUCUUUUAUGGGUACGUUUGGAAAAGCCCCGUGGAGGCCGCAGCAGGAGAGGAGCUCUCAUAACGAGAAUCCAUACACUGACCUCCACACUGACUCGGACCUCGGAGGCGAGCACACAGGCCGCGCCACAGCAGACCCGGACGCUAGUGUGUAUGAACAGCCCUUCGAUAACAGCAGGACAAUAGAGAGCUUUUUUGCAUCGCAGCUGGUGUCUUAGUGCCACACGGGCGGCAGUCAUGUGACUUUACAAUCCGUUCCAUUCCUUCAACACGAGAGCAACCAAAAACUCUAUAAACGUUCUACCUCAGAAAGGAGCUUCGCCUGAAUGUAAACAGAGACACACGUGGAAUUGGAAACACAGAGACUGAUCGAGAGAAACAUUUGUACAAAAAAUGAACAUAUACAUUUUAUACAAAAUUAUUAUAUUUUGUAAAUUAACAGUGUAAAUAUUAUUUUUGCUACUAUUUUUCUUUAAAGGAACAUUUCCGGGUUCAAUACAUGUUAAUCUCAAUCAGUGUGUGUUAAUAUGAUUUUACUGUGAUAAAAUCACUUACUAACCGCAUCUAACAAUUUUACAACUUCGUUGCCAUGGCGACAUAAUGCUUUAAACCCUCUAAAACCCUAAAAUGAUGAUUUAAACAACUUUACAGCUCAAAUAAACACGAGUUUUAACAUAAGUAUUAAUGUAAGUGCUUUUAUAAAAUUAUAAGCGUCACAUUUCUGCCUUUUAAACCCUCCAAAAAUUUACCCCAUUGACUUCCAUUGUAAGUGCCUCACUGCAGUGGAGUAGCCACUUUUUUUUAUUAGAGAUUAUUCUUUGACUUAAAUGUAUAUGUUCUGAUUUGUGAAAGUGUGAAAGAACUGUUUGAAUGUCAUUUAAGGAAACUUUUGUAAAAAAAUAAAUAAAUUGGACGAAAACUCGGCCCAUCUAUUUUUAUUGAGGCCCACCCAAAAGUAAAUUCCUGGCUACGCCCUUGCCUCAUUGUAACAGAUUUUUCCUUAUUUUUUUUAAGAAGAGGGACGAGUUUGUGGUACUCAACAUUAUGCUACAAAUUCUGUCGAUUGAGCUUAACUUGUAUUGAACCCGAAAUGUUCCUUUAAAAAAUACGCCUAUUGUGUGCAGACCCGAGUCAAAUAUAUGACUUUAUGUAAACAAACAAAUAAACAUGCCAGUUUUUACGACCUCAUCCGUUUACUAAUGACAGAAAGAGACUAAAAAUGAGCUUGUUUUUAAUGUGUAAAUUCUAGUUGAUUUGUAUUUGUUCUCACAUCUCUGCCGUGGGGUUAAAAUGCCCCUGGAACACGGUUUGAUUCAGGUCUGUUUAUAAUGUUUAUUCAGCUUCAUGCUUUUGCCUUUUUGCAUUGAAUAAAGCAGCUAUUUGCACAAACCAGCACACAAUAAACACUCCCGUGAGCUGCUACAAUGGAAAAAUUGUGUCACUUAUAUCCACAAAUCUGUCAUGUGUGUUUGUGUUCGUGUUCAGACUCAAACAAUAGAUGUUCGGCUUUGGAAAUUGCUAGUAGAGAAGUUCUUUGACUUGCCCUGGCGACCGAUAGAUUCUAAAUGAAAUAAUUACACUGCAAAUCUACAGUUAAGAUGUUUUAAUGUAGCAAACAGGCACGUGAAUAUAUUAACAAUCACAGGAAACAAUGUAUCACAUGCUUCAGUAUGAUCUUUAGUGUAAUAGUUGUCAUGACAACGGCAAACUUUAAGGGUGCACGCCUGUGUUCCUGUGCUAUUCAACUGUUUUUCUGUGUUGGACUUGCUGUGUGUGACCAUGUAUGUCAUUUUUAAGACAAAAAUAGUGCGUUUAUAAAUUGGUCAAAUGUAUUCCCUUCUGUUGCGCUCUGUCUAGCUUUGAGCCUAAUAACUCAAGGUCGUCA